AUAACUUUUAUACACAGUUAACAAUCUAUUCAUUCAUUUCAUGCGAGUCUACCUCUGAAUACGUUUUCACGUUUGGAGAAAAACCCAACACUUGUUUAAUCCGUUUAUUUAAUUAAGAAAUUAUCAAUUGAUUUGAUUAAUAAGUUUAGCGAUUAAUGCAAUACAAUGUCUAAUAUGUUGAGAGUCGACACCAAAGCCGUGUUUCCCACAAAUCCGUCACUCAAUCACUCAUACGUUGGAUUCAAUUCAUAUGAAGAAUUGGACGCCAUUUGGUCCGAUAGGUCCGAGUCGUUGGUCUCAGAACUCGUUGAGUGUCCAAAACAGCCAUUUCUUUAACCGGCCGUACAUUUCGCGCAAUGUUUGGUCCGAAUGGCCAACACUUGAGGAGUCGGUCGGUCGCCGUCCGCAACCAUUUCCCGGCUAUGAUAUGAAACCCAUUGGACGGCCGGCUCUGUUGCCAUCGCCGUCGCCGCCAAAGCCUAUGGUAUCGGCCAUACAAUGGACCACAAACUUCUGGAAUAACAUCACUCCUCCGACCGAACCAACAAACUCUGGCCACGGAUUGGUUGCCGACAACAACAACAAUACUAUUGCCGUCGCCGCGACCCCAAUGGCCAACCAAUGGGACAACAGAAACACUUGGGUCGGUAUAGAACGAGUCCAACGCCGACAGUAUAGGAGAUGUCCGCCGCGAUUGCCGCCCAAAUGGCCGAUUCAACCGCUGGCCACCAGUCGCUCGUCUCAGACCGACUCGACGGACAACGAGCCGACGGCGCAAUCGCCCACUCCUUACGUUCAGCCCCGGAUCCGACGCCGACAGCCGACCCAAACCGAGUGUGUCUUCUGUAAGAACAACAACGAGACGCCCGACGUCUACAAGAGUCACAUUCUGAAGGACCCCGAGUGUCGGAUCGUGUGUCCAGUCCUCAGAGCCUAUGACUGUCCCAUUUGUCACAACGGCGGCGGCCCUUACGCUCACACCGUUCGCUAUUGUCCUAAGAAUAGGGCCGGUAUUCAUCUCAAACUCGAUAAGAUGACCGCCCGGUCUGUCCUCAUGUCUGAUAUGUAUACCAUUCAGACCUCACAAUCAAACGCCGCCGAAGACACGAAGACUCGCUAUUAUGACUGAAUUUGUUGGCCUAUCAUUGGACAC